AAAUUAUAUUUAUUAAAAAACUUUUUUUACAUACAAUUAAGUAGAAGAAUUUUAUUUUUAUUUUUAGGAAAUACUUUCAUACUAAAUAAUUUAUCUUAUUAAGAUGUGUUCUAUUGGGUUAAUGACAUCAGAUGCUUGCGAAGGCCAACAAGAUGUUAUUGAAACUUUAAGCAAUGAAGAAAAAAUAAUUAUAUCUUUACGCUGUAAUAUUGAAUUAUCAAACUUAGAAAUAUUAUGUGAAAGACAUAAUACAAAAUAUUUGAAAAUGUAUCCUAUAUGGCAGAAAGCUUGUUGUGAUCCAUUCAAUAGACAUACAAAGAAAAUCACAAAAAAUCUUGGCGUAGUUACAAUAAAAGAGUCACAAGUCAUGAUGAGAAAUUGUUUGAAUAUUCCUCCUGGGAAGAAACUUUGCAAACCUUGUAAACAAAAGAUUGCCAGAAAAAAAGAACUUACAGAAGAGGAGCAAAGUAAGAGUGAACAAGAUGAGGAUUUUCUAAUAUCACCAUGCAAAAAAAUAAGACAGGAGAUCAAUAAAGAACUCAAAAAUUUUAGUUUAUCUCCUCUAAAAUCUCAUUCAAAAUCAUUAAAACAUAUACUGUCAGAAGGAAAGCAAAAAGUUGCAUGCAUCAACGAAAUGGCGUAUAACGCUACUAGAAAAAUUGAAACUCAAUUUUCCUCAAAACUAUGUUAUGAAACCAAUGGGAUGAAAAAGAAGGCUGCAAACUUUGAUGAAAUUAUGAGCUUGGUAAAAGAAAAAAUUCUAUGUUCUGACAAACGAACUAUUGUUCAACUUCUAACACUGGCACCCCCAAGUUGGUCAAUAUUAGAAGUACAAAAUAACUUUUCGGUUACAGAAUACCAGGCCAAGAUGGCUAGAAAAAUUUUUAAUAAAAAAGGAUUGUUAGGUAUCUCUCCAUUGUAUAAGGGUAAAGUCUUACAUAAAGAAAUAGAAGAUUCAGUUAAAUUGUUUUAUGACUCAAGUGAUUUAUGUCGAACUAUGCCUGGAAAAAAAGAUUAUGUCAGCAUUCAAAAGAACGUCCACAAACAAAAAAAACUGCUUUUGUGUAAUUUAAAGGAACUAUAUGUAUUAUACAAAGAAAACAAUCCAGAAAUACAAAUAAGUUACUCAAAAUUUGCUUCACUUAGACCAAAGUGGUGCAUUGUGCACAGUGUGAUAAUUGUCCUGGUAAAGAACUGCUCACCAUGUAUUUGUAUGAGAUUUUUGGAGAAUACGAAGAUGAUUUUGAGAUACACUACAAACAAUGGCAAACUACUGAUCGUGCAACACUAUUGAGUUUAACAACAGAUGUUCCAACGUUUAUUGAACUAUUGGUAUCUUGUUUUGAAAAGCUACAAUCUCAUUCUUAUAUUGCCAAAUCUCAAUCACAAUACCUUAAUCAACUAAAAGAAAAUAUGGAUCAAUCAAACAUUAUCAUUCUUGGCGACUUUGCUGAAAAUUAUGCUUUUGUAGUCCAAGAUGAAAUACAGAGCUAUCACUGGAACACCCAACAAUGUUCUUUACAUCCAUUAGUGAUAUACUAUAAAGAAGAAAAUGGUGUAGUGAAACAUAUUUCUUACUGUUUUAUAUCAGACGACAUUAUACACGAUGUAACUUAUGUAUACAAGAUAUUUCAACUAAUUAUACCAAUAUUAAAAACAAAAUUUCUUGAUUUAUCCAAAUUGCAUUUAUUCACUGAUGGUUGUGCAGGACAGUACAAAAAUUGUAAAAGCUUUUACAAUCUAUGCCAACUAGAGACAGAAUUUUCCCUCAAAAUUGAAUGGAACUUUUUUGCCACGUCCCACGGAAAGUCACCAUGCGAUGGAAUUGGUGGUACUGUAAAAAGGUUAACAGCACAAGAAAGUUUAAAACGACCAUACAGAAACCAAAUUCUCACAUCAGAGGCUAUGUAUGAAUUUUGUGUUGAGAAAAUUAAGGCUGUUAACUUCAUUUACAUAAAGGGAUUGGACUUACAAUUGCAACGUGAAAAGCAAAAAGAAAGGUACACUGAUGUAACAACUCUACCAGGUACUCGUAGCUUUCAUCAAUUUAUACAUCUUGGAGAUAAUAGGGUUGGGGCGAAGAGGUGUAGUACAGACACUAAAUAUACAAUAAUUCACAAUCUUAAAAAGAAACAUAUAUUUGAACCUGAUACUGUCACUUUAGGAGGUUAUGUUGCGGUAGUUUAUGAUGAUAAGUGGUGGAUCGGCAUUGUAACUGAAAUCAACCUAGAAGAAGUUGAUGCUGAAGUUAAGUUUCUCCACCCAAGAGGUCCAUCAAUCUAUUUUAACUGGCCUGAAAGAGACGACCACUGUUUUAUUCCUAACAUCAAUAUAUUGAAAAAACUAUCUGUUCCACAAGCUUGCUCUAGUUCUGGUAGAAACUAUGUGUUUGAAAAUGUUGAAAUAGAAGAAGUGCAAGUAAAAUGGCAACAAUAUUGUGAACUAUUACAAAUACAGUCAAAAUAACUUGCACAUUCGAUACCUUUAAAAAUCUUGUAUAUUUAAGUAACUUUGUAAAUUAGGAAUAAUUUAUUUUAAUUGAAUUUAUAAAUA